CCAGUUUUAUUCGUGUUGUCGUGUUGUCGUGUUGGAGCAUUGCCAGCGGUCAAAGCGGCGCUUAUGGCCAUGUUCCCACGCGUGGCCCGACGCAUGCCUUCUCCUUCGAUCUCUCUUUUCCACCGCUCUCACCGUCCUCCCCACCGAUCUCCACCGGCAUCUUCCUCCCAGAUUUCUUCCCUCCCAGAUCUCUUCGUGUGUUGGUCCGGCCAACGGCGGCGCGCUAUAGGAGCAAGUGGAGAUGUUGUGCUCGGAGAGGAGGCGGCGGAUUUAAGCGAGCACGAUGUGCCGGGGAGCAGCAGCGUGGGGGAAUCUUCGACCUAGCUCGCCAAAAUCGUGGUGAUGGUGGAGGUGUCGGAGGGGAAUCGGCAAAGGAGACCGUCGUGGUGCCGUCCGAAACUUCCAUAUCCAUCUCGGAUGACGCCGACAACCAACCGCAGCGCCGCCGAUUGGGAUGGCUACCCCGCGUUAGUGGAGGCGGCACUCGACGUGUAGACGUCCAAGCCGGCGCCGUGCAGGAUCGGCGUAGGAGGCUGCUCCAGAGCGCCCCAAUCUUCUUCCCAUCUGGCCCGCUGGCCGCUCCUUGUUUCUUCCCGAGCGACCGUGGAAAAGGAGUAAUGCGGCGGUGCUCUGUCUGUUGCCAUCUUGCUGAUGCUUGACGACGAUUGCAUCGAUUGGAACUGAGUAAAUUUCCCUAUCCCGUCCCCUCCCAGCAAUGUGCCUAUUCUUCACUUCGUACUAGAGGUGGGCUGUUAAUUUUCCCAUAGUUUACUGAUUUGAACUAAAACUUGAACGCACAUGUAUGUGUCAUAGAUUUUUCGAGAUAAAGAAUUUGAGCUGUAUGAUAGAUUUUUCGUCCCACCAAUUCUUGGAAAUUGAAACAUUGUGUUAACAAUAGCAGCAAUUGGAUAUCCUCUUAUGUUAUAACACACGAACUUGUAAUUCUGAUUAUAUCCAUGGGUGAAAAAACUUCUUCUGAUACAUCAUUUUCUUUUCAGUUUUACAUGUAAUUUUAGAGAAUAAAAUCUGGUUCUCCACUGGUGUUUGGUAGAGUGCUAUGCUAAUAGAAUCAACAACCUAUUCACUUUGUUUAGUAUUCCCGCCUUCUGAAAUAUUAGCCGACGCUCCCUUUUCCUCUCUACUCUAUCUAUGGUGACGCUUCAUCGACUCCGCGGGGAGCGGCCGCCACGGAAACGAUGCCGACUACCAUGGCCCGCCCAAGCUCGCCAUCGGCCGCGAGACCAUCACUGUUGCUGCCUCGCAGCAGCUUCUCUCACUGCCAGUAUCUUUGACGGAGGGGUGGGCCACCAACGAGCUCCUCAAUUUUUACCAAAUUCCAGGAGGCAUUUCGACACAGAAGGAAGGAGGAGCGGAUUCAAGAGCUUCUUCAUAUGGACAAUGAGGUCGAGCUACAGAUGUGAAACGUGGCCACAAACAGCUUGAGGUACUUCGACAAUAAAGUGAAAUUCAGUUACAAUAUGUGGAGGCAGGAGGUCCACCACACAAAUACAGAGACCACACUGAAGCUCAUGAAGGAUCAGAUAAUAAUGGCAAAGUGUAUGCCACCAUUGCGUGUUCCUAGGACGAGUCCGACUUGUAUGGGUCGCUCAUGAAGUGCAUAAUGGAAAGCAAAGCUUCUAUUGGGGAUGCAUAUAUGGACAAUGAGCUGGAUUCAAGAGAGAGCAAAAGCAAUGGGAUGUGUUAUCUUCGGAUGUUCUGUACAACUCUGGUGAAGUAUCGAGGAUAUUGCGUGUUAUGCCGCAGUCCGCGGAACUCAAUAUUGACAUAGUCAACAACCAAAACACGUUCCUGAUUCAGCAUGCUGCAAAGACGGUUCCCAUGCCUUUGCAGUGCCUACACAUGCAGUUGAUAACCGACUAUUAUUUCCGUGAUGGUGCGAUCAUGGAGUAUUUUCAAGAUGCUGCUUUGAAGGAUGAAGAAGAUAAAGCAAAGCACCAGGAUCACUCUAUGACUAUGCUAUAUUUUCUGAUAAUGUCCUUGCAGCCUUGGUAGUUGUCAGAUCAACUACGACACAUGCCAAGGAACCAGGUGUGCGUUGCAUAUUCAAUCUUGCAAAGAGAAUGGCCGAACUAUCUGAUACAAAAUAUUCAAAUAGAUCAAUCAAUUGAAUUUUCACCAAAUACAAUCUUGUGAUUCUUGAAAAGCCAACUGGUCUUUUCUCUCAUCCUACAAAAUAAUUCCUCUUGGAUAGUUCUCUAUGCUGUCAUAUACCUCACAUUGGUCCAGUUUCCAUUCGUUGCAUCGAAGAGGUAAAAAGUACACAAUUUUUCUCCAUGUUAACUUGAUGUUCAGCACAUUAUUUUCAUAUUUAGUCUCCUGGAACUUUUCAUUUGCUGUAAGUCAUUGCUACUGCUAAAAUUCGCAUAAAAUUGAAAUUUCUAUCAAAAGAUUUGCCUAGGUCCUCAGAAAGUGUGACUUCUAUUUAGAUUUUAAUCUUGAUACUGCAGCAACUCAAAUGUUUACAUAUACCGUUUUAGCUAAACCAGCUCCCUUUUGUACACGUAUACGGGACUACAGUAUAGAUGCUGAUGCAAUGUGUCCUGUUUUAUUUUCAUUUCCUAUAGAUGAUGAUGCAGUUUCUUCUUUUUGAUAGUAAACGGUAAUCCAAAAUUUCUUAAAGCAUUGCUUAUUUGCUUACAGUGCAAAUAACAUCACAGGAGAGUUGCCUUCAGACUUUUGCAGGCUGUAGUAAAUUUCUUGGUUCAGUGGCAUGUGAAGAAAAACUGAAUAAUUCCUUAACAGAAGCAGCAAGGAUCCUAUCAUUGGUGGACUGUUACGGUAAAAGUGUUCUGUGAAUUACGUAGGGCUGAAAGAGAUAAAUGUAGAAGUCAUUUUUUUUGCACCGGUACUACAUAAACAUAUCUGGGGGCCAUUGAUGCCUUACAAGAAAGAACACGUGAAAGUAUUUGUAUCCAUUUACUGAAUAUGGUUCCGAGUCCUUUAUUUUGAGAUUGAUUAUAGCGCAUGGAAGCUCCUCUUAUAGUGAAACAAACAUGCAUUUUGAUAGCAUGAACUCUUUUGAUAGAUGUAAAACAAUUUGAUACCAUUGAGAUAGUAACACCAUGCAUCUCUUCCAAAAUAUUUCAAGCAUAAUUUUUGGAUGAAAAAAUAUUCUAGACUUAGCAAUUUGCCGGUAGCACCAUGCCCACCUCAAGCUUACCAGGUAAACUUCAGAAGUGGCGUGACACAAAUGUGUAUAACUAGCCGGUUCUCAAUUAAUCUAAGCAGUAGGUUUAUUACAUCUGUGUGGUAUUGGAUUGAUCAAAUGAAUGAGAAACUGCCUAAAUCUUUCUCAAUUAAUUUGGAUCGGAGGAAGUAUUAUUUUGCUAGGUUAUUCUUACCCAUGAGCAUUUACUUUUGAAAAGUUAUGCCUCUCUCAUGUUAUCCAGAUUUAAUUCAAUGUUGAUAGAUGAAAAGAACACCUGCACAACUUCAAGGCUUGAUUAUUUGGAAUCAUAUGUAUUGUUCACCUCUUCUUAUAGGAUGUCCAAAGAAAUGGAUAUCAUUUACCAGCUUAGUGACCAUACGUUUUCAAACUUGAGAAUUGAGUUACAUUCAUCGCCGCUUAUUUAAUAAAUACUUCUGAAAGACGGAAAUCCCUUUUUUGCCAAUUGCUAAAUCUGGUAUAUUUUGUCAACUGUUCAUCAACCAUUUAGUGACAUAUAAUUUAACAUGUCUCAUGUAAUUCUGCAGUUCGAUUGAAGAGCAGAUUAAGCUUGACAAGGUGUUUUCACAUUAGUUCCUUCAUUAGUUCAAUGUCCCCGUAGAUGAAGAUUCGGGAAUUGCGUCAACUUAGUUCUCUAACAAUGCUUGCAGCCUCUGAAGAACUUAUCUAGGAGGCUUUGUUUCGAGGGAGUGUGAUAGUUAGCCUAAAGUGAAAAAAAAAAGAAUUAGAAGUACAUCAUUCAGCCUUGAAAAUACAAAGUUUGCUUUUAAGUUGAUAAGCUUGCAAGUUUAGCCCUGAGAUGUUGUAUGUAUCUCCUUUUAUCAUUAUCUUCCAGUUUGUAUUACAUGUGACAUGAAUUGUUUACGUAGAAAUAUGGAUUGUGAUAUAAAUUUUAUUAGAGGUGUUCAUACAUAGACUUGCAGGUUAUUACUUCGCCAUUGUGUCCAUUUCAUGUAUAUAUCACUGAGUUUUUAAUUUUUCCUGGAUAAACAUGUUACAAAGUUAUUUCCAUCUUUUUUUAGACAUCAUGUUCCGAGAAUAGUUCAUAUAUGCAUGACAUCCAUUCCUGUGUUGGAAAAACAUUAAAGUCUCAUGUGCCCUCGGUUAUUUCUGUGUACCGAACUUUGUAAAAUCCAUAGUCAAGUCUCUAAUGUGCCCACUGUUUGUCAAAAUAAGAUAAUCAGUUUGAUGUCUUGGAUUUUCCCAUGCACGUUACAGUCGUAAUUCAACAUGAUGAAAGAAUCCUACAUUCUUCGGCUUCUGGCUGGGUGCGGCGUGCCACCGCGCCUGUCCUUGCUAGUAAUAAUUAUAGAGAAUCAAGAAAGGGAAAAGUUAUGAGUGCUGUGAUAGAAAAAUUAAAUACAAUUGCUAAAAUCUUGCUUAAACGCCAUGAUAUAAACUGUUGCUCUAAAGAGGAUACUAAACAUCUGAAAUUUUAAUGUGGCUUUAGUGAGGAAGUUUUAAUUAAGAACUAUAAUUGGAAUAAUUAUAUUCAUUUUGGGUUCGAAGAGGUAGAACAAUUUGUCAUAUUUAUGGGAGCCUCUGAGAUAGAAUCCUUCAUUGUUAAAAAUUAUGAAACUUGUGUUGUUUGUAAGGACCUUAAAGAUUAUGACUCUUCUAUCCUUAAUUUUUGCAUAGAAAGCUACAAUGAUAAUCCUUAUAUCAUUGAUUAUAACGAGAGACUCAUUAAUGCACAAGAAUGCACUCACAAUUUGCAGGAACCAGUGGAAGAAGAAAUUGAUGAACCUGAAAGCUCAUUGGAUGAAAAAGAGGAAGAAAUUGAUGAACCUGAAAGCUCAUUGGAUGAAAAAGAGGAUGAGAGUGAUGAACAAAAGGAGGAAGAAUGGAUUAGCUACCCAUGCCAACCUUCUAAUGAGAGUAACUCUUUAUCUCUUACACUAUUUGAUUGUCCUCCAUGCUUACCAAAGGAGGUUGAAUGUUAUGUUCCUGUGGAUUCUCUUGAAAUAUUACCUAUAAGCAAAACUUGUGAGAAUAAUUAUGCUACUGCUAUCUAUGAUAAUCCAUGCUAUUUUGAUAAAUCUUAUGAUAAUGCUUUGUUUGUGCCUGAUGUCGAAAUGCAUGGUACUAAAGAGUUUUGCUUAGCAAAUGUUUAUGAUAAAUCUCUAGAUGAUGGUCCUAUGUUACUUGAUAAUAUUAAUUGUACUACUAAUGAAAGUGGGAUUGGAGAGGUCUUGACUUUAUCUAUGAGUCCCAUAUCUCUUGAGAUUGAUCGAUCAUCUUGUUAUAUUAUUGAUAAAAGUGGGUUUGAAAAUUUUAAUCCCGCUAUUUUUGAGCUUGAUAAAAAUUAUAUGUUUAUGGAUCAUGAGAAACAUGCUUUAUGUGAUAGUUAUAUUGUUGAGUUUGUUCAUGAAGCUACUGAAAAUUAUUAUGAGAGAGGAAAAUGUGGUUGUAGAAAUUUGCAUGGUACUAAAACACCUCUCUAUAUGCUGAAAAUUUUGAAGUUACUCUUAUUUUAUCUUCUUAUGCUUGUCACUUUGUUCUUCAUGAAUUUAUUUGUGUACAAGAUUCCUAUGCAUAGGAAGAGGGUUAGACUUAAAUGUGUUUUGAACUUGCUUUUUGAUACUCUCUUUUGCUUCAACUCUCAUCUUUAUGUGAGCAUCAUUAAAAUUGCUGAGCCCAUCUUAAUGGCUAUAAAGAAAGCACUUCUUGGGAGAUAACCCAUGUGUUUAUUUUGCUGCUGUUUUGUUGUGUUUUGGAAGUUGUUACUACUGUAGCAACCUCUCCUUAUCUUUAUUUUAUUGCAAUGUUGUGCCAAGUGACGCCUCUAAUCGAAGGUUGAUGCUAGAUUUGGAUUUCUGCGCAGAAACAGAUUUCUAUCUGUCACGAAUCUGGGCUAUUUUCUCUGUAGGUAACUCAGAAAAAUAUGCCAAUUUACGUGCGUGUUCCUCAGAUAUGUACGCAACUUUCAUUAGUUUUGAGUUUUCUGAUUUGAGCAACGGAAGUACCUGUUUAAAAUUCGUCUUUACUGGCUGUUCUGUUUUGGCAGAUUCUGUCUCUGUUUUUUGCAUUGUCUCUUGUGGACUUUAAGCAAGGCUUUCUAGACGUGGAGAGCUGUAGCUAAUGUUUUAUUGAGUUCUUGCAAUGUGUCACUACAGGACUAAAGUGGAUUGAAGUUUUUUUUGAGUACUAACCCCUCUAAUGAAGUUUAUGAGAAGUUUGGUGUGAAGGAAGUUUUCAAGGGUCAAGAGAGGAGGAUGAUAUAUGAUCAAGAAGAGUGAAAAGUCUAAGCUUGGGGAUGCCCCGGUGGUUCAUCCCUGCAUAUUUCAAGAAGACUCAAGCGUCUAAGCUUGGGGAUGCCCAAGGCAUCCCCUUCUUCAUCAACUUAUCAGGUUUCUUCUAUUGAAACUAUAUUUUUAUUCGGUCACAUCUUAUGUGCUUUGCUUGGAGCGUCAGUUUGUUUUUAUUUUUGUUUGUGUUUGAAUAAAUUCGGAUCCUAGCAAUCCUUGUGUGGGAGAGAGACACGCUCCGCUUUUUCAUAUGAACACUUGUGUUCUUCAUUUUACUUUUAAUGUUCAAUGGUAAAAGUUGGAAGCUAUUGCACUUAUUGAUAUUUGGUUGGAAACAGAAAAUUCUUCAUAUUGUCUUGGAUAAUUUGAUACUUGGCAAUUGUUUUGAGCUCUCAUUAGAUCAUGAUUAAGCUCUUGCAUCAUGUAGUUUAAACCUAUUAGUGGAGAACUACCGUAGAGCUUGUUGAAAUUGGUUUGCAUGAUUGGUCUCUUUAAGGUCUAGAUAUUUUCUGGUAAAAGUGUUUGAGCAACAAGGAAGACAGUGUAGAGUUUUAUAAUGCUUGCAAUAUAUUCUUAUGUAAGUUUUGCUGUACCGGUUCAAACUUGUGUUUGCUUCAAACAACCUUGCUAGCCCAAAUCCUUGUACUGAGAGGGAAUGCUUCUCGUGCAUCCAAAACCUUGAGCCCAAACCUAUGCCAUUUGUGUCCACCAUAUCUACCUACUAUGUGGUAUUUCCUGCCAUUCCAAGCAAAUACUUCAUGUGCUACCUUUAAACAAUUCAAAAGCUAUUAUCUCUUAUUUGUGUCAAUGUUUUAUAGCUCAUGAGGAAGUAUGUGGUGUUUAUCUUUCGAUCUUGUCAUUUACUUCGGACAGACUUUCACCAAUGGACUAGUGGCUUCAUCCGCUUAUCCAAUAAUUUUGCAAAAAGAGCUGGCGCGGGGUUCCCAGCCCCCAAUUAAUCAACCUUCAUUAAUAAUUCUCUUCACAUGUUUUGCUCUGAUUCAUCAGUAAGCAACUUAAUUUUGCAAAUAGACACUCCUUCAUGGUAUGUGAAUAUUGGAAGGCACCCGAGGAUUCGGUUAGCCAUGGCUUGAGAAAGCAAAGGUUGGGAGGAGUGUCAUCUAAAAAAUAAAAAAAAUAUAAACUAAACUAAAAUACAUGUGUAAACAAAAGAGAAGAGGGAUGAUCUACCUUGCUGGUAGAGAUAACGUCCUUCAUGGGAGCCGCUCUUGAAAGUCUGGUUGAUAAGGUAGUUAGAGUACCCGCUACCAUUCGUUGACAACAACAAACACCUCUCAAAAUUUUACCUUUUAUACUCUCUAUAUGAUUUCAAAACUUAAAAAGCUCUAGCACAUGAUUUAAUCCAUGCUUCCCUCUGCGAAGGGCCUUUCUUUUACUUUAUGUUGAGUCAGUUUACCUACUUCCUUCCAUCUUAGAAGCAAACACUUGUGUCAACUGUGCAUUGAUUCUUACAUACUUGCAUAUUUGCAUUCAUCAUAUUACUUUGUGUUGACAAUUAUCCAUGAGAUAUGCAUGUUGAAAGUUGAAAGCAACUGCUGAAACUUAAAUCUUCCUCUGUGUUGCUUCAAUGCCUUUACUUUGAAUGUAUUGCUUUAUGAGUUAACUCUUAUGCAAGACUUUUGAUGCUUGUCUUGAAAGUACUAUUCAUGAAAAGUUUUGCUAUAUGUUAUCUAUUUGUUAGCAACUAUAGAUCAUUGCCUUGAGUCACUUCAUUCAUCUCAUAUGCUUUAUAAUAGUAUGAUCAAGGUUAUGUAAGUAGCAUGUCACUAUAGAAAUUACUCUUUUUAUCGUUUACCUACUCGAGGACGAGCAGGAACUAAGCUUGGGGAUGCUGAUACGUCUCCAACGUACCUAUAAUUUCUGAUGUUCCAUGCUUGUUUUAUGACAAUACUUACAUGUUUUGCUUGCACUUUAUAAUGUUUUUAUGCGUUUUCCGGAACUAACCUAUUAACAAGAUACCGAAGUGCCAGUUCCUGUUUUCUGCUGUUUUUGGUUCCAGAAAGGUUGUUCGGGCAAUAUUCUCGGAAUUCGACGAAACGAAGACCAAACAUCAUAAUUCACCGAGACGGACCAGGACACCGAAGGAGAGUCGGAGGGGAGGCCUGGGGCCCCCACACCAUAGGGCCGCGUGGGCAGGCCCCUGGCCGCGCCGGCCUAUGGGGAGGGCGCCCUGGUGCCCCUCCUGCGCCGCCUCUUCGCCUAUAUAAGCCCUUUCGACCUAAAAACGUGAUACGGAUUAACGAAACUCCAGAAAGACUCCAGGGGCGCCGCCACCAUCGCGAAACUCCAAUUCGGGGGACAGAAGUCUCUGUUCCGGCACCCUGCCGGGACGGGGAAGUGCCCCCAAAAGCCAUCUCCAUCGACGCCACCGCCUUCAUCAUGCUCCGUGAGUAGUUCCCCCAUGGACUACGGGUUCUAGCUGUAGCUAGUCGGUAUUCUCUCCCUCAUGUACUUCAAUACAAUGAUCUCAUGAGCUGCCUUACAUGAUUGAGAUUCAUCUUAUGUAAUCGGUGUUGUGUUUGUUGGGAUCCGAUGGAUUGUUACAUUAUGAUUAGUCUAUCUAUAAAGUUUGUGAAGUUA